UCCAUUCUUGCGAUCGCCGAGAGUACCUGCGCCGUUGCCUGAAAGACUGAGGACUUCGAAAAUUGACCCAGGAAGAGCUUACGGGAUUACCACGAAAAGAAAAAAAAUACUGUUCCUUUGAACGACUUGGAGACCCCGGCUCUUCUGAACUAAACACGGUCUUUUUCCUGUUCGCGGGUUGUAUAAAGGCAACGCCAGCAUUAAACAGAUCGCGUAUUCAUAAAUAUACCAUAAAUUAUAAAAGUAUGUGGACUAUGUUGCAGAACACCAGCUGAUAGACGACUAUUCGCGUUUCCUGAGAGCGAAAUCUGCGAUGGCUCCCAUUGAUCCGCUGCAGCUGCUAAAGGCACUGUCUCCUCUGUUGUCGCCGCAAGGUGGCAUCCGCAGUUCCGAUGAAGUGUCCAGGUUGUCUAGCCUUAUGAAAAAGUUUUCACGUAAGCUGGUGAGCCGGUGCAUCUACUGCAAUGUGCUGCAUGCUACCUCGCCAGACAUCUUGGAGGUGUUUCUAGAGCUGGAUGGUUGGUCUACAAUCCACAUGUGGCUGCAGGAAGCUAAGACUGCUGAGAACAUGCCAUUUCUGUGUGAGCUGCUUAAGCUUUGCCAGAUUCUUCCAAUGUCACUGGAACGACUCAAAGAAAACAGUAGUCCUAAACUUAUCAAGAGCCUGAUGAAAAGCAGUGAUGAAAAUGUGCGUUUAACAGCUGAGAAGGUUGUUAGUGGCUGGAUGAAGCUGAUCAAGGGCGAUUCCAAGGAGGCUGUCAAGCCUGCCCGGGAUGCAGAUGCCACUGUCAAGAAAAAGAAAAAGUCGUCGUCGGCAUCUUCAGACACUUCAAAGGCUGCUCCUGUGAAGAAGGAUCGUUCAAAGGGUUCCAUAGAUGAAUCUAGCAGUGAAAGUAGCACUACUACUAGUGGCAAACAUGGCCCUUCUAAGAGCUCUUCGUCUGCUGGAUCCUCUGAAAAGGAGACCACUUCAGCACUGAAGGAAGUGCCAGCAAAGAAGCCAAAAGUUGCUGAUCGUCCUAAAACAGUGAAGACCUUUCAAACACGAUUCCGAUCCACAGGCCUGGAGGAGGCACCUCUGCCACCACCUGCAAAAGCUGGCACCAAGAAAGUUAGCCGGCCAGCUGUUGACAAAAAUGCCGUUCUGUCGGCACGACAAAGGCUUGCUCCAACGGUGCAUGCUGAGCGAAGGGUGAAACCCUCAAGCCUUGUGUCCAUGGGUGGUGAUGGACGUGAAACGGCGGGCCCUGGAAUUCGGCUCAUUGCACCAAAGCCUGUUCAUGUGCUGCAUGAGGAUGGCGGGUUCAUGGAUGCCUUGACAGCAGCUCCUGCUCCGUCAACUGCAGCAGCAGUAAGACGCAAGCGCAAGCCAUCCGGAGCUGGCACAGCGGCGGGCCCUGGAGGGGCCAAGAAUGCUGCUUCCAAUUCUCCCACCAGCCCCACACCUGCUACGCCGAAGUUUCAGUUCUACAAGGACACACUGGAGACAGCAGAAGCUGCAGGGGAAGCGGACAGUGACAAGACAAAAGAAACUGCAAAGACUGAAGAGGAGGAUGAGGAUGAUGACAUUGGAAAGAGAGUGAAGCGGAGGAAAAGGGGACAGGCUGCAGCAGUUGAAGGUAAAUCUGAUAAAGAAGGUACUGAAUCCCCUGAGGGUGAGGAUUCACCACCAACCCCAACAGCUACAGCUGAGGAAGAAGGAACUACAGGAGAAGGUCAGGAAGUCAGCAAGGCUUCUUCCGAAGGAGACUGCAAAGAAGAAACGGCCAACAAGGAAAAUGAAAGUGAAGAGAAGAGCGGUGAGGUUGAUGCUUCAUCAUCAUCAGACAGGCCAACUUCAAUACUUUCAAUGACAAGGAAAAAGACCAAGAAGUCUGUGCGCUGGGUGGAGGAAAGCAAGCUGAAGCAGUUCCACUACUUUGAGCUGGAUGAGACUGAGAGAGUGAAUGUUAACAACCUACACAACUUUGGUGACAUGAAGACCCUGGAAAUGAAGCGUGAGAGGCAAGCGGUCGAGACAGCUCGUAGGCUGAUGGGUGACCGUAUGGAGGAGGCCAUCCCAUUUCGACCACCUCGGCGAUUGACGCUGCCAGAACCUCUUGCUGAACCGGGUGCCAAUAGCCAGGAAAAGGAAACUCAGAAGCUUCGGCAGCAAAAGACAUUGCAGGAGAUCUAUUUCUCUAAAGAAAUGAUUCCAGACUCUGCAUAUGAACCUGACCCUGAACAGCUGUCUUCGCAAGAGCCUAAACUCAUCCCACUGGAAGAUGAAAACAGCCCGGGAGGCACAUUGGACUACUCACAUAUGGAGCUUCCCAAAAGCAGCAGCCUGCCACCUAUCUUGUCAAAUCUGGUGCUAUCCAUAGCAUCCAAGGGGCAGCCGGCUCAAGGGAAUCCUUCUUUGCACCAGGGUGUGCAGCAACCACAGCAGCAACUUCAGGGUGGCCUCUUACAAGGCCAAUUCCAGGGUAGUGGUCCCAUGCAGCAACAGCAGCAGCAAGGAGCCCUCCUCCAAAAUUUGGCUGGCCUGCAUCAUGGAAGUGGCCAGAUCGCUGCCGACAUUCAGCAGCAACAGCAGACGUUGGCCAUGAUGGGUGUAAUUGGCCCAGAUGGAGGGCAGGCUGGGAUGCACCUCGGAAACAUGAGCAUGGGAGGAGAUCCCAAUGGGCCACCUUUCAUGCAUGGAAACUCCAUGCAGAACCAAGGCAUUGGCAUGAUGGGUCCCCCAAUGGGCAUUGGUGGAGCUGGAGGUUUCCCCAUGGGAGCUGGUGGUCCAAUGCACCCCCACAGUGCAGGGGCUAAUGCUGGGGACUGGGGCAUGAUGCACCCUGGCAUGCCUCAGGAUGGGGCAGACUACUACAGCCGGGGACACCAUCCAGGCAUGGGUGGUCCACACAUGGGCAUGGCAGGACCACCAAUGGGAGCCGGUGGCGUAGGAGGCAUGAUGGACAUGCCUCGUGGAGGACCACCUCACGGAAGAAACUCUCGCAUGAGAAACCAUACACCCCGUGUACCCUGCAAGUACUACAUGACCUCACAGUGCCGGUUUGGUGCCAGCUGUUCAUUUUUGCAUCCUGGUGUGAAUGGACCACCUCUGCAGUGAUUGAAAAACUUGUUCACUGAAGUGUGUCAUUGUGUAAAACUCAGUGUAAAUAGACACCUGUAUUAUGUGUAAAUAUGUCCACAAACAAUGCUUAAUGUCCAGAAAUGGUGAUGCUUAUUUAUUUUCAAUUUCAUCAUUUUCCUUGAAUGGUGCAUCCAUUCCAAGUAAAUGAAGUUGCGGAAACUGUAAAUCAUGGCUGUAAAUAAUAGCUUAUAUUUUGCUUAUACAUUUUCAUUGUGCUGCAAAUUUAUCGUGCAUUAUAUAUACUCAUGUGUACAUACUUGUAAAUAUGUACAAAGAAAAUCAUAUGUAAAUAGUGCAAGCUU